AGCAACAGCAUCAACAGCACGUUAGCUGCACCUUUAGAAGAUUUAGUUGCUACGGUGCUGCUGCUAACUUGGCGCCGAAACCGUCGGAAAUUGUCAUUGUGUAAAAAAAUUGGAGUCCUUGCUUUCCUUCUUGAAUGAUCCACAUCACAACUUGAACCUCAAGAUACCUAGAAGAAGUAGUAAAAAGUUUAUUUAUCACAAAAUGGCUGGCAUGAUUGAGUUCUUGGAGCGCGUGCCGAUCUUUCGCACGCUGCAGAAGGAUGAUCUUUCUGUCAUCGCGCAGGGUAUGAAGCGGGUCAGCUUCAAAAAGGGGGAGACGGUUUUCGCGCAGGGAGAUACGGGGGAUGCCUUCUACAUCGUGGCUGUUGGACAGGCAAACGUCUGCUCGAGGCCCAGUAGCUUUAUCAAGGUACAACUAUCAAGAUCCUGUGUUUAGAGAUUUUGAUUUUUGUCCUGUGUCAAAAUGCUGAGCCAGAAGCGUAACAAGAGUAUGAGUAAAACGGACAUGAUAAAAUAAAAUAAACAAGAACUCUUCACAUCCUUGCGACAAUACUUGUGUCAAGUAGUGCGUGUACCUAGUGUACUACUGGUUGACAACCAGUAGUACACCAUGUACACGCACAUCCUGUGCGACUAGUCGUCCUACAUGACAAGAACUCACCUGAACAAUAAGAAAAAAUCUCGCUUAGGUUGGUGACUUCGUGGAGCUCCUCACGGACUUGACUUUUGCCGGAAAAAUCGUGCCGAAGGGCACAACGGCACGGGUGGACAAGUACGACGCCAGCCGGGAUUACCCAUACACCGUUAGGGUUCAAGACCCGAAGUUCGGGGGGCAGAGAGGCCGCGUUUUGCCGGACGAAAUCGAUUUGAAGGAGGGAAAACCCGAAUCCGUCCACGUGGCAAACUUGAAGCCAGGUCGGUAGUUAGAAGUCACGUGGAGUAGUUCUAGAGCUUGAUGAGCUUCGCUUUUGUAGUCUAGUAAGGAAAAUUCAUUGUCUGCAUGAGCAUGGACAUGGAAACAGUAGCAGGAGCAGCUGUAAGUUUGCAUAACAGACAAACCACGAGCACGACCUCCACCUCGUAUCAACAUGUAUUAAACCUCAACAGGCGACUACUUCGGAGAGCAAUCUCUGCUGAAGGGUAAGCCAAGAAACGCCACAAUAAAGGCAGGGGAGGAUUUGGAGUGCGGCAUGAUCGACGCCGAUUUGUUUAAGCAGCUGGAGCUCGGUUCGAAAAUCUCUUUCGCAAAGAGAAAAGCGAUCCAGACCUUUGACAGCGAGAAGAAGGAGCCCGGUGGUGAUACCAGCAAGAGCGAGGCGGAAAUGAAGCUGAUUCUGGUAAUGAAUAAGUUGAUGUUACGACGAAUUUUGUUUGAAAUAUAAUGCUGUGUUUCGUGGUCAUUUAUCAUUUGUCUCUUUGAAUUUCGGUAGUACGUACUAGAGCAGCAAGCGAAAAAUUGAAAAACGCAAAAUGAAAAUAUUAUACAGGAAGCGAUUCAGAACAACAAGAAACUGACGGAGAUUAUUGACUUCGAGGAGCAGCACCUGAACGCCAUGGUCGCUGCGGCUUGGAAAAAACAGUGCUCACCAGGUAUGUGCAAGUAUUAGUAUAUGAAAAUGAAAAUGGCAAUGGCUAUGGGAAAGAGAAGUUGUAGUUGAUUUUUGCGACUACAACAAUAAUAAUCAAGCAAGGUGUAGUACCUGCACGCGGAAGAUCUGGAUCACGAACUCAGAUCUGUUUCGCUACGGGCAAAUUUCAUGAUCCCAUAAUUUGUUCAGGUGACGUGAUCAUCUCCCAGGGCGAUAUUCAGGCGGAGGAGUUUUACGUGGUGAACGGGGGCGAAUUUGAAGUGAGUGUCCAAGGGGCCGGUGGCGAUUCCGUCGAUAGCAAAGCGGUCGCGGCCAAGACCGUGGGGACCCUGCAGGCGGGGGCAAGUUUCGGCGAACUGGCUCUGCUGUACCAAGCUCCGAGAGCAGCCACGGUCACCUGCAAGAGACAGGGGGCAGUACAAAUGACAUAGGAAUUUUUUUUUGGUUUGGAUUUCGGUUUCGUGUGUGAGCUUGAGCUGCGGGCUGCAAUUAUGCAGGAUCAACACGAUCAUGAAGCAUUUCUCAAACAAUUUGCUUCAUUGAAAAUCCAGCUAUAUGCUGUGCUGUCCCUUUUACGAUCUUCAGACGACAAUAUGCAACGACAUUUCCAAAUCGUGCAGCUCUUCGUUAUCGACCGCUACACGUUUAAAGAAGCUCUGCGUCGCGCCAACGUGGACCGAACCAAGGGCUAUCUGAAGAUCAUCGACAGCAUCCGGCUCUUCGACUGCAUGCUUGCGGACGAAAAGGAAGCGGUUGCAAACGCGCUUGUGGAAACCAGCUUUAUCUAUCCUCGAUGCAAAAUAAUGAAUAUCGCACUUCAUCUUGCUCUGGGCAUACAAGUUCAUUGCAGUUGCAGUGAGAUCUUCUGCAUGACAGACCGAGACCUCUCAACUUACCUGCUCAAACAUGAUGAGGGAUUCGUCAUGUGAACCCAUUUUCUGCAUAGUUUACUUGAGUAAUAUGCUAUGUAGUGACGAGGUCACCGAACGGUUCUAAGCACCAAAAAAAAUGCAGUUCCGACUACUAAGCCCUAGUGCGAAAUGAAUAUUUUUCUCACGCAUCUCGUCCUCGGUGAGACGAUUAUCAAGGAGGGCGAUGUCGGGAACGCGUUCUACAUCCUGUAUCAAAUGUAAAAAUAAAUGUCUGGUUGUGGAAGAAGCCGAACUUGUGAUGCUGCAUUUGGAUUCCAAAAAAAUCUGUAUUGCAUGACCAGCAAAGUAAGGGAAUGCAAUUUUGGCUACGCGGAGAGGGCAUUUGUCAUGCGGAAUAGGCAUCGCGAAGCCCUCAAAAAGUCUGUGACGCUAGGGCAUGCAUCACAGACAUCAUGUCCCAUGCAAAACGUGCGUGACAAGUAUCCAAAUCUUCCAGACCCAGACAUUUUUACAGUUGAUAUCCUGAAAAAGGGGACGAUUGCGUUCACAAAACGGGACCCGAACGACGGCGAGGACAAGGUGAUCUCCUACAUGGACGCGUCAAAACCAGAAAAGGUAUAUAAACUUGUCAUGCUGACGCCUACGUAGGUAGAGGUACGUACCCCACGGCCACGGCCAGCACAAGGUAAAAACGGUUGUAGGUGAGGGAAUUUGUAGUGCAUCUUUCACGACUUCCUCGACAAAGAAGUAGAUGUUGAACCAUACCGAAAGCCAAGAAACCGCAAAACUACAACCACCCAGGGCUGCUUCUUCGGCGAGCGGUCUCUGCUGAAGCAGGAAACUCGUGCCGCCACCGCAAGAGUGACUUCCUCCGAGGCGGUUGCGCUGGCACUUUCCAAGGAGCGGUUUGAAGAGAUGCUCGGGUCGCUGUCUGAUAUGAUCAAAGAGAAGGAAUCCACCACCUCGCGCCGAUCGAAGGUGGUGAAGGAGCACAAACCCAGGGACAUGCACACGAUCAAGCACGAGGAUUUGAAGACCAUCGCGCUGCUUAUCAGAUGCAAGAUUACAAAAUAACGAUCUUCUUCACCGCCCAACUCAGUUUGUACUUUUUAUGCACAGGAGUAGACCUGAAAAAGAAAAAAUUAUUGAAACAAAAUUAGCCUGUAUUGAGUUGUGCAUUUUUACGAACUGAGGUCGAGGGUGGUGAACAAGUAGAACAUUUGCUACCGCUCCAUAGUGGUCGGCUGUGGUGGUUUCGGCGCGGUCACGUUGGAACAGGACAAAAACACGAACAAGACGUACGCCCUGAAGAGGUUGAGCAAGGGCUUUAUCGUGAAAACGAAGAUGCAGCUGGGCACCAUGCGGGAGAAGCACAUCCUGGCGCUGUGCGAUUCGGAUUUCGUGAUCAAGCUUUUCGCCACGUUCAAGGACGCACAGUACCUCUACUUCGUCCUGGAACCAGCGUUGGGCGGGGAGCUGUACGCAACCUACCACAAAUUCCGCUUCCACGGAGACGUGAAAAAGGCGAAAUACUACUCCGCAACCGUCGUAUUCUGCUUUGAGCACCUGCACUCCAUGAACAUUCUGUACCGCGAUUUGAAACCGGAAAACUUGCUAUUGGACGACAAGGGAAACUGUAAAAUGACCGAUAUGGGGCUGGCGAAGGUAUUUUUUGUUUAGGAUACUAGCAGGGCCGUUGUUUCACUGUUUUUGUGUAAUGUCUCCUGUAUUUUUUCCUGCAUGAGGAGGAGGAGGACAAUAAAUGAAUAAACCGGGGGCUCAGGCUCUAUAAUUUCGAAGCCAGUCAUCUCGCUCUCGUGCUGUGCUGCAAAAAAGUAGAAAUGAUUGAAUCUCCAGGUCGUGACCGGUAAAACGUACACCACGUGCGGCACCCCCGACUACUUUGCCCCGGAAGUGAUCCAGCAGACCGGUAUGGGCCGGGGCGUCGAUAUCCUGAGUAAAAACGUCCCCACACCAGAGUCAGGAUGGGGAUUUUGCAACACAAGCCGAGGAGUUUUGGGAGUCACGCAUGACAAAUUGCAGGCUGUAUUGUAAUGCAGUUUAGCAAGGGAAGUCGCAUUGCAAAUACAUCUGCUUAUGCUGUUUACAGCAUUACAAGUUCCAAAACGCGAUCGGGAAUGCCUAUCAUGGAGAUGCGCAUUACAAGUCUUCCAGUCUUUGCAAAUCUGCAUUACAACUCUGGUGUGGGUACGUUUUUACUCAGGAUAGUCGACUGGUGGACGUUAGGCGUCCUCACGCACGAGUUGCUCUGCGGCCACGCAUAUCAAAUGCAAAAACAUCGUACUAGUAUAGAUUGCAUUACAAAUUAGCCCAGCAUUACAAAUUGAAUUUGUAAUGCUGAUUUACCUUGAGAAAGAGAUUUGUAAUGCAUAUAUGCAAUUGCUACGAGUGCGAUACUUUUGCAAAGCAUAGCGCACCGUUCGAGGCCAACGACCCGAUGGAAACCUACCAAAAGAUCGUGCGCGGCGUGAACCGGGUCAGGUUCAGCUACAAGGACAGCGACGCGAUUGACCUCGUGAAGAACAUGCUGAAACACCAGGCCAGUGAGCGCCUGCCCAUGCGGGUCGGCGGCACGAAGAACAUCAAGGGGCAUGUCUGGUACUUGUACAGAAUAAUGGGGCGUAGAUAUCCUGUAGUUGAUUGAAAAGUGGUUUUCAUAUUUGUUUUUUGAAUUUGCCUACUUGCGACAUUUUGCAUACAGCAUAAUUUGAUUUUAAUUGCGAUAGAUAUGAAACAAAACCAAAAUAAACAAAGGUUCCGUGACUUCGACUGGGAUGCGCUGUUUAGCCGAAAUAUGGUUCCGCCCUUCAAGCCAACUGUGAAGUCCACCACGGACACCAGUAACUUCCGGGCGAACGAAUCCGAAAUGCCGCCGAAUGUGCCCUACAAGGACGACGGGAGUGGCUGGGAUGCGGACUUCUAA